AUGCAAUCGUGUUAUUAUGUGUAUGGAAAUUUACCUUUCAAAUUAAUGAAAUAUAUCUAGCUCAAGAUGGUAGACAGUUCAACCGAAAGUGGAAAAUUGAUUGAAUACCUGGUUGCUAGAAAGGUAGAUGUGUGCGUCUGCAGUUGCAGUUCUUCAGAAACUUUAGCGGGUCUCAUACGGCAAAUAAAGGAUGAUAUGUCGGACGUCGUCGCAAACGUGAGGUUCGAAACCCUUCCUUACAACAUCAUAGACAUGGAUACAUUUGAAUUCAAUGGGAUAGAUGUUCUACUUCUCUGUCAUUCUAUUGAGAAUAGGCGAUUCUCACUGACCAACGUUACCGAUGCUCUAUAUGAUGGUUUCUUACCAAAGGCUAGAAAGUAUGUGGGGAUGAGCAAAGUUGGGGUAAUAGCCUAUGAUUUUUCCAAGGAGAUGUUGACAGAAGAGAACCUAACUUAUCAGAUGGAAUCAUUCAGGAACAACCAGGAGACAACAUUUAGAAAUUCUUCCGUAGUCCUUAUCGGGGGUCAGCUUAAUCAGGUUCCCAUAGAGCUGAAUCAGGACCAACUUAAUGAGCUAAAAACAUUCUUCCGCUUUGCUACAUCACCCCUUGCUGAAGAGAAAGCAGAAGUUUGUCUUAGAAGACGAGGAUGUAUCGGAUGUCUGCCAUGUUUCUUGUGCUGUAUGAAGAUAUGUCCUUACUGUAAACCUCGCCGAAAUGUAGGCUGCUUUGCUUACAGAGAACGCGAUGAUACUCCCCCUUACACACUUUCACCAGGACCCGUAUAAGCUGAUAAGAAUUAAAGACACAGAAUUGUCUGAAAUGGUGUCACCAUUUUUAUUCAUAACUCUUUUCCCCAAAGGACGUAUCCCUGCACCCCCCCCCCCCUGACGAGCUUGAAAUCCUUUUUUGCCCCCCCCCCCCCCCCCUGACGAGCUUGAAGACCUUGCUUGUCAUUUUUUUUUCUAAAAUAUUUUUCUGGUACGAAAUCCUUUAAAUGUGAUUGAAGACCUUUUUUUUUGGCUUGUCAAUUUUUUUGGCGUACGGUUUUGCCCCCCCCCCCCUGUGGAAAAUCCUAGGUACGCCACUGUAUAUAUAUAUAUAUAUAUAUAUAUAUAUAUAUAUAUAUAUAUAUAAUGUAAAGAAAUGGAUGAAGAGAACAAUGGUAGGCGUAGAUUAAAUCAAGGUUCCCCAGUGCUAUCUACCCUUUGGAAAAAUUGGUGAUGCCGAAAAAAUGUCUCUGCCGGGAAUCGAACCCGGACCCCCAGCUUUGAACGCCGGUGCCUUAACCACUAGACCACAGAGACGGGUUAGUGGCUAGGGCGACCCCGAUCCGAUUGACCGUCAGAUAGACAGAUUUUCGACACUAUACCAAUUAUAAUUUCCUUUGUCGGGUGAAGGUGGGUUUUGAACAAUGACAAGCCGCCAUGCCUGAGCUGGGUCAAAGCUAUUGCUUUGAUACAGUACACGUAUGGGAGAAAGUAUACAAAUGUGUAAAGUUAUACAUGUACAACAGCAUUGGCAACUCUUUUUUAUUUAAAUAAUGUAAAGAAAUGGAUGAAGAGAACAAUGGUAGGCGUAGCUUAAAUCAAGGUUCCCCAGAGCUAUCUACCCUUUGGAAAAAUUGGUGAUGCCGAAAAAAUGUCUCUGCCGGGAAUCGAACCCGGGCCCCCAGGUUUGAACGCCGGUGCCUUAACCACUAGACCACAGAGACGGGUUAGUGGCUAGGGCGACCCCGAUCCGAUUGACCGUCAGAUAGACAGAUUUUCGACACUAUACCAAUUAUAAUAUCCUUUGUCGGGUGAAGGUGGGUUUUGAACAAUGACAAGCCGCCAUGCAAUAGCUUUGAUCCAACUGAAGCGGCUUCCCUGGGUAAAUAUACCUGUAUUAUUAUAUUAUUAUUAUAUAUAUGUAUGUACGUAAUGUAUGUAUGUACACGUGCCUUAUUGUAUUAAUAGAAAAAAAUUAUAAUUUCACUGCUCCUCUAAUGUGCAAUGCACUUCAAGGAAAUAUGCAUAUUCGUCAAAGCUGUGAUUUUAAUACUGUAGGUAAGACGAAGAUUCAUAUUCUACUCAUUUCUGAAACAUAACAAGAAGUAAUUUCUCCUUUUUUCCAAUUAUACAUAUCGGUAUUAUAUCACAUAAAUGACACAAAAAGUAAGACUGAAAAAGUAUGCUGGAAUACUGACACGAUUGAUUAUAUGCUUAACGAAUAUAGGCCUUUGCGGGGAAUAAGCUGAAGUCCACCCCCAACAAAAGGAUAAUUUGAAUAAAAAGAGAAAAAUAAAAACAAGCUUAAUACCGAAAAUUCAUCAUUUCAAUUGAGGAAUAUAAAAAGUGAAGAGAAAAUUGAGACACAUAAUAAUUGUAACCAAAUUUACGUCACCACAUUUCUCUCAUCAUCAAUCUUGCCUUUUGUUGUGUAUUUUCUUGUAUACUACACUUAACUAAGUACCACAUGUAUAAAGGUUUUAUUUCUACUCAGUCUGUUUAUCAUUGUAAUAACUGAUGUGAUAUACAUAUUUUGUAUGUGCAUAAUAUAUUACCGUUUCAAUGCAUUUAAAAUAUUUUUUCGGUAGAAAAGGCCUUUACUUAUAUUUUAAGAAUAAAUUUGAGAAAUAUAAGACCGAAAUAUAUAUAUAUAUAUAUAUAUAUAUAUAUAUAUAUAUACAUUUGAAAUCAAAGAGUAUGGAGAGGGUCGUAGCAAGGUCAAUACCAAUCUUCAUCAAGCUUUCGGGCAUAUGCCCUUCAUCAGGAUCUAAACUAAUAUAUAAAUAAACUAAUGCCUGCUACACAAUAACGGAGAUAAGUAAUUAUAUUUCAUUAAUGAUAACCAAUUAUUCAUAUAAGGUAAUGGUGAAUCAAUAUGGAACGAAGUAUAGAAUAUAUAGUUACCGUUACAUAUUCAUUCACCAUUACCUGUACGAUGUUAGUGAAAAGCUUUUGUUAUUUUUUGUCUUUUCUAUCAGAUCAAAGGAACAUUGACCUUAUUUUAGUUGUUGUUCAGAGUGUCAAGAAAGCUUGCAUCAAAAUGAAACAAAUGGACACAGUCUGAAUUAUGCACUUCUAAGCUAAUUAGUAACAUUGCUUUAUGAUUCAAUGUAGUUCAUAUUUGUUUUAUUCAUUAUUGAGAAUUAAUGUGUAAUUACUAUAAUAUUUACAUAAGAGCUUCGUCUGAAAUUCGACUCAAUGAAGAGUUAUUAUUCAACCAAGAAGAAUUAUAGUAACUUGUCAAUGGCUGCCCGAUAAGUGAUAUUCUCGUCAACAAAAAAUAUUCCUUCAUUUUCAUCUGACCUUCUUGCUUCUUCAUAAUAUUCUUUGAAGAAUUUUGUUUAUUCAAUUCAAUUCAAUUCAAUUCAAUUUAUUUUCAUUCUUCAACAUAAUACAAAUAAUUACAUGAUAAAUCAAUUCAAUUCAAAUAAAAGCAUGAACAAAAUUCAAAAUUGAAUAAUAUACAUAUUCAAUAAGUGAUUCAAAUAUAAAUUAACAUGCAUGUCAAAUUUAAAUCAAUAUAGUCAAUAUAAUUAAAUAUAAUUAAAUCAAUAUAAUCAUAUAUCAUGAGAAGAAUGGAGGGGUCCACUGAAAAGCAAAGCUUGUAAAAUGUGAACCCCUCAAAAAGUUAGGAAAGAAAAAAUAUUGAAAUAUACGUAAAGGAAUACAUGAAAAUAACGAAAGGGGCCAAAAAAAAUCUUAUAUACAGGAUUGUGAAAUUCAGAGACAAAAGACAAUAACACAACACAACACAGGACGGUACAUGAGGGUGGACAAUAGUACGAUGACAACUGCCUAGAAUAUAGAAAGAAAAAUAGAGAUAGGGAGAGGGAUGCAAAGCUAAUCUGCUGCAUAUAUAUUAUGUCUACACAUACAUACACAUCAUGUACAUAUAUAUAUAUAUAUAUACACACGCAAGCUGCAAGCUGCAAGGUAAUUUAGUUAUAUUAUUCCUAUUCAUAUCUGUCUUCCUUUUCAACAUCUAAAUGCUCCAAUCAAUACUCCAAGGAAUACUCCUAAUCCAAGGAAAGAAAAAAAAUUAGUUAAACAAAAUCGUACAUGAAUGAAAUUGCAAUUCAUUUCCUUGGAAUAUGUGAGUAAACUAUUCAGAUAAGAUUAUUGCUCCUUUCAUCAUGUUCAUUGCAUCUAUUUACUUCACUUUGGCGCAAAGUCGUUGGUCUUACUUUGGAUGAAAAUUGUUAAGAAUGAAUGACUUUGUGGUGUCAUUUUGAAAGAGGACAUAAAUUAUCACUGACAUUUGAAAAAACAAUUUUGACAGAUUUUUCCAAAAGUAUUUUUUUUAAUCAAUACGAAAUAUUUAUGAAAGAGAGAAAUAGUCAGGGAGCAAACAAUGAAAUAAGACGUAAAAUGUACUUACGUCUAGGUCAAAAUGUUUAUAAAAGAUUGAUAAAUACCGUAGUCUUGUACGUCUUGUACUGAUUUUUUACACUCAUUGUUUAUUUUAUGAUUUUUUUAUUUCAACACACCGACUCAGUACUUUCUUGAAUCUUAGGCCUAUAAAUAAAGAUAUAUAUGUAUGUUUUUUGUUUGUAUCCAUGAUAUUUAUCCUGCCAUUUUCAGUACAUGCAAUUAUUCUUAUCUCAAGUAUUUCCAAAACUCGUGUUUUUCGCUUUUGCAGCGGUAAAACUUUCCAUUUCCUUGUUGAUAACUAACCUCAUGUUUUAAAUUAUGCCUAUAUCGAUUGUUAAUAUAUACGUAUUGUUUUUCAAACUUAAUUAGAUAAAUCUUAAAAUCUGUCAUGAAUAUUCUUUAUUUUCUGUAUCUUUUUAUGUGUAUGUUUGAAUUUAUCAGAUAAAGGGAAACAGCACACCAUAUUGUGUAUCAAAUUAAAUUGUGAUAAAAGGGAAAUCUGACCACAGUGGAAAGUUAUCUAAAAAGAGAAAAAUAAACAACCCUAUAAUCGUAACCCUUAUCACCAUGAUCACAGAAGCAGAUAUGUGAAAGUUUGAAAAAAUGACAAAAUAAUUGGGAAGAUAUAAUAAAUAAUAAUAAUAAAACUGGGAUGGGGCCUAUUGGGAUUUCAAAAUGACAAUCAACAUGCUAAUUUCAUAUUCACGCUAUUGGAAAAAAAUCAUUAUGUACCUCUUUGGGUGCAUAUUAUUUCAUUUCAUUUCGUUAAUUUCCAUUCCAACAAUUAAAACAGGAAAAAUAUAGCAAAUUUCUAUGUACAAUUACAAUGAAAAUUAUCAUUUUAUUAUCAUCAGGUUUGGGAUUGGAGGAGGUCGCUAAAAAAGCAGAGCUUAAUUCGGGUGCAGCCUCCUAAUGAAAAAUAGUUCUUGUAGAUGACAAAAAAUGACAAUUUGAGCAUAAAACCAUUAUAAUCUUGUUCCGAUAAAUUGAAAGGGGGGGGGGUAUAUCUGCACCCACAAGGGAAUGUGAACAUUGAGGUUCAAAUCUAUUAUUUCAAUCAUCGUGAUAGUCAAAUGUGUUUUAAAACACAGAGAGUGCGAAUUUGUAGCCGCAAAAAAGCUUAUAUAGUCGGUGAAUACAUUUUGGGUGUAAAUCUGAACCCAACCCUAAAUUGCACUUAAAUUCAACUUUGGGUAUAAAUGUGAACAAACCCAGGCCCCCAUUCCACAGAAAGGAGACAUUUGAAAGACCAAAAAAUUGGGAAGGUCUUACAGCAGUCUCCAACCGCCCUUCCACACGGUAAAAAAAUAAUCGUAAAUUGAAUGAUGAUUCCAGUGGCUAAUGACGAAUUUUUAGCACGUGUGAAACCAAAUUAGAACAUGAUUAGAAUCACGAACGCUAAUCACAAUCACGGAUUCAAACCCUACUCCGGAGGUGAAUUUCAGUUAAGUUUCACUCAAAUUACGGUACGAAUUUUGCGUGUGAAAGGCUUGACCUCCAAAAAUCUUUUGGGGGCGGAGCUUACGUGACCUUUAAGCACUUCCGUAGAUAACACCAAAUGAUAACACAUUAUUGUCAUGCACUCGUUGUAGUUUGUAUUUGCGAUGCAGUGAUUUGAUUGACAAGUCACCAAGGACACAUGCCGCCUUCGCUCGAUGAUUCUAAAGACGAAUUGCAAUCAUCAUUACAAUGAUGAUUCAAGAUUCACAUGUGAAAAGACCCCAAGAUCACUGACAUUUGUCAUCUCUGUCAUGGCUCCGAAAGACUCAUCAACGAACUCUGAAAAGUUG